AUGGCUCCAAUUGCUGUCGGUAAUGUUUUACCAGACGGAAAAAUCUUUCUCUUUGACGAGAAGGAUCAGCUCCAGACUGUCUCUGUUCACUCUCUCUUGGCUGGUAAGAAAGUCAUUCUCUUUGGGGUCCCCGGUGCUUUCACUUCCGCCUGCAGCUUGCAGCAUGUCCCUAGUUUCAUUGAGAAAGCGGAUCAGCUGAAAGCAAAGGGCAUCAAUGAGAUAAUUUGCUAUGGCAUGAAUGAUCCAUAUGUGAUGAAAGCAUGGGGAAAGACGUUCCCAGAGAACAAGCAUGUCAAGUUUGUCUCAGACGGCUCAGGAGAAUACACAAAGCUUCUCGGACUCGAGCUUGACCUUAAGGACAAGGGUCUUGGUAUUAGAACAAGGAGAUUUGCUAUGUUGCUCGAUAACCUCAAGGUGACUGUCGCCAACAUUGAAUCCGGCGGCGAGUUUACGGUUUCCAGCGCCGAGGAUAUUCUCAAGGCGCUCUAA